AUGUUUGCUCCGGUAUUUCAGAGCGGUUCGAAGCCAUGAGGAGCUGCCCUGGGCACUAUUUCGUCACUGUCAUAGAGGAUACCCAACUUGGGCACAUCGUGGGCUCCGCCACCCUCGCCUGUGAACUCAAGUUCAUCAGAGGCUGUGCCAAGCGUGGGCGACUAGAGGACGUGGUUGUCAGUGAUGAAUACCGGGGCAAGCAGCUAGGCAAGCUAAUUGUCACCACCAUCACACUUCUGGCAAAGCAAGUAGGCUGUUACAAGCUGGGAUUAGACUGUAAAGAUGAAAUGAAACCUUUCUAUGGUUCACUUGGAUACACCAGCGAAAAAGGAAAUGACAACACGAUGAUUAUGCGCUUCUCAUUAGAACCAAAGCCUGGAGCAUCACGUCUCUAGCAUUAACGCCUUAAAACAUCAAAUGUUGCAGCUUUGCAACAUCGAAGAGCCAAGAGUGCCAACUGGAACAAAGCCUGUGACAAUUUAUGGUCUUGUGAAUUCAGCAGCAGAUGACGUACAGGAUCUUCGGAGUUAACUUAAGAUUUUGUUUGUUUUAGUUUCAGGAGGCAAGUGGUAAAAAGUUAAUGAAGAUAAUCACAUUCCUUUAUAUGUAAGAAGAGAAAGUGCAACAUUGCCUUUGUUGUACCAGGUAGCUCUUAUACAAGUAUAGUACAUGAUAACACAGUAGUUUUACCUGUUGACAAGUAAAGUGUAUUAUAGUAUAGCUUUUCCUCAAGACAAUCACAAAUUAUAGUGAGAACAAUACUGUUGUGUUCAUGUAUUUCAUUUUAUAGUGAGAACAAUGCUGCUGUGUUCAUGUACUUUACUUUAUAGUGUGAACAAUGCUUCUGUGUUCAUGUAUUUCAUUUUAUAGUGAGAACAAUGCUGCUGUGUUCAUGUAUUUCACUUUAUAGUGAGAACAAUGCUGCUGUGUUCAUGUAUUUCAUUUUAUAGUGAGAACAAUGCUGCUGUGUUCAUGUAUUUCACUUUAUAGUGAGAACAAUGCUGCCAUGUUCAUGUAUUCAACUUUAAGUAUAUUAAAAGUUUUGCUGUUCGAAGGUAUCAUUUUAAAUUGGUAAUUAAUGAAUAACUUGAACACAAUAAAAUAAGGUAGCCUGCUUUACUGCAUCUCAGCAAUGCUGAGAAGAACGCAAUUUUAUUAUCUCAUUGCUGUAUUAAAGCCAGCUUAAGGCAUCAAAAAUAUAAUCAUGAACACAGUUAUGGGCUGAUAUCAGUGGUUUGCCCAAAGGGGGGAGCAAAUUUGUCCUGCACCCAUAUAAUCUGACUAAAAUAUUAGGACAUAUGUACAUAACAUUUAAAUUAUAGAUUAUACUACACUGUAUACAGACAGACCAGUUCUCUGAAAUAGUAUUUACAUGCAUGCAAAUUUUUUUUAUACUGAAGUGAAGAUUAAAAGAAAAUGUUCACAUCUUAAAUCUGUUUAAUACUUAAUUUUUCAUUGUUUAAUCUGUUUGAACUAACCUAAUAGGGUACAUCUGCCCUUAAAAUAGGCAAGAUACCAAUGAACAAAACAGUUGGUACUCGGGUGUUACAUUCAAUCUAUUAUAUAAUAUACCCAUUAUAUAUUAUGCUUUCUUUUGAUGUACAGUACUUGAGAAAUGUGCAAGUCAAUUGUUACUUUCAGUAUUUGGAAAAUUGCCUCCUUCCCCCCUUCCUUUCCAGAUUAAACUCCUAGGUGUACUAAUAGCAUUAAAAUGUAUAUACAGUACAGAAUAUAAAGUAAAUUAACAGAGUGUAUAUAUAUAAAUAUGUUUUCCUCGAGUCAGAAACAAGAAGCUUGUUGGGCUUAUCAAGGUCUCCCUAUGUAAACUACAAUACUGACCUCCCUCCAGGAUGCUCUCCCCAGGAUGCUACCUACAACAUUUGCGUACCAUCCUGGCUACUAUCCCCAUUUACUGCUAGGUGAACCUAGAAAUCAGGUGGAAGGAAAUGUAUUCAAAUAUCUCAUUCUGUAUGGCGAUUGAACCUGGGUCAUUGCAGCCGAGUAGACUGCACUGACCUCUGCUGCAUAGAUUGCCUUUAUGCCACCCACCCCCCCUGUUGUGUCUCUUCCAGCCAGAACUUGACUUUUGUUUUUGUAAAUCUUGUCAGUGCAACUAGUCUUUGGAAAGUGCACAAUGAAAUCACAAUAGCGUGCUAUGUCUAUAUAGUUUUUGAAUUUUAGGUGGAUUAAUUUGAUUGUUGCAUAUGUUGGCUGAUAAACAAGAUAAGAUUUGGAAGUCUGCUUUUAUGGUUAGAUCAAAUAUUUAGUCUGUAAAUAGUAUGGGAGUUUAUGCGUUUUGUGAGGCUAGUAUCAUUGUUUCAAAAUUAUCGGUAUAACUGCGAGAACAUGGCAGUUUAUUAGGGUAUACAUUUUGUGUGUAUCCUUACUAUAUUUUCUUGAAAGUAAAGGAUAUCUCUGUAGCAUUAUGGUAAAUAUGUGUGUGCAUGUGUGAAAACCUUUUCAGUUGUAGAUUCAGUUGAAUUUGGUCUAGUAUGAUUUACGUAUUUUCAAAACUACGUUUGAUAUCGCAGAUUAAUUAGGUUUGUUACAUCUACAGUUGAAGUUUAAAGAGGAAAUUAUUUUUUUAUAUUUGUUGUGCCCAGUACAGUAUUUAGUUUAUUAUAGUUCCUUGUACAUAUAAUACAGUACAAUGCUUAUUUAGUAGGAAUUCAGAUUUGAUUGGUUGUGAAUAGCAGUGUUAAAAUCAUAGGCCUAUGGCAAAUUUAAUACUGCUGUGUUCAUAGAUUGUUGUCAUUACGAUCUCAAAGUGAGGUUUUCAGCCACUGCUGUUUUGAGUUUUAUCAUAAACUUUUAUCUUGCAAUAUUGAUAAACAAAACCACCUUGCAAUAUUGAUGGGACAGUUAUUGUGUAAAAGAUUGAUUGCAAUGGCUUCUAUCUCAUGUGGCCCCAACAGGGACAGGAAGCCAGCAGCUUGUGAUGUUGCAAAUUAAUGAGCACUGUUGUUAAGUGCAACAGUGCACUCCCUGUCUGUGAAGUAAUACAGUACGUUAAGUGCAGGAGAGAUUAAAAGUGUGUGUGCACGUGUGCAGUUUCUCAUUAAUCAUUGCUUUUCACUUUGAGCAUUGCAAUGUAAGAUCAAUUAUCUUAUUGCUGGGGAUCAAUUAUCUUAUUGCUGGGAAGCAAUGAUUUUUGUGGUGUAAAAUAUAUACACAAGACAUAAAGGAAAAUAUAGCCAUCCUUAGUGUUGUGCAGUAAAGUAAUAAUUUGAGUGUUUGACUCUCAUAAUCCAACUCUUUUGACAUGCAAAUUGAUUGAAUUUUACUGGAUUUUAAAAAGUACUAGAGUCAUUUUGCUUUAAUCAGGUAAUAACUACACGUUUUUUUGUUAUAGCUGUUUAUAGUUAAAUGAUUAAUUUUUAUUGAUCAUUUAUCUAUCUAUGAAAGUGAAAUCUUUAUAUAAAUUGGUAAUUUUUGUCUUGUGUUUACAACAAUAUAUUGACUAGUAAAUUGUGAAAGAGUUAGACUUGACCUUUCACAUGUGGUGAUGUCGAGAGCAUGGUUUACAAAGCAAAACUGAUUGGCAGUUGUUCACUGUACACGUAACACUUGCAGGUCCUCCUUUCUCUGGUUGUCAUUUUAUAAUGCACAUUAUUUUUCUAAGAUAGGUGGUUAAACAUUCCUGAUGCUUUUGUUGUUUAUAUAAAGUUCUUGUAGUAAUCAAUGGGCUCUCGGUUACUGAAGUUUAUCAACAGUAUUUUGAUCAUGAAUUUUAAUCUUGAUGUAUUCAUACAAUUUCUCCUACCUCAUAUUUUAAUAUAUUAUGAGUAGUAUGUUUUUUUUUACCAACAUUAAUAUCCAGUAUAUAAAUUACUACACAUGUGAAAGGACUAAUGAGCCGUUAGAAUUUGUCAUCAUUUGUAACAUUUGUGUGUUGAUGGUUCAUUAUCUGGAGCUUAGGAUUGACUUGUGCUAAAGAACAAUUUUAUUCACUAGGUAAGUGUAUAUAACUUUUUGUUAAAUAUGUUAGGUUGGCAAGGUGUGACACUUAGCUCUAAUCGACCGCCUUGCACAGAACAUUUGGCAAAUAUUGUAUUGUCGUAUUUUAAGUAAUAAAUACCUUAAAAUUAAGAUUUGUCAGUCUUGUAGGUUAAGCAUUUAAUUUCUGUAACCAUAACAAAUUAUUACAUUUUCAGUAAUUCACAAAACAAAACGUGAUAUUUAAAACUGCACAAGUGUUAAAUUAUCAGUAUUGAUAUCGCAUCAUUUACUUGUGUAAUGAUGAUGUAGUAUCGGCCACUUGGUGGCAUCAAUAGUUAUUGUAUUGAUGUUCUUAUUGGACAUUGGGAGGGAUGGGUGGGUGGAAAUAGAUUACAUAAACUGUUGCUAGUGUGUGUGAAUCAUUGUACAGAUAAGACCUCUCCUCCUACAACACAAUACAUUCCUGGUUCUCCAACUUUAUUUUGUGAACCAAACUGUGCUGAUUCUCACUAGUUGAUUAUUUUUCUAAUUUUUGCACAAGUUAGUUAAUAAUUUUCAGUUUUCCUAAACUUACAUGUAUUGUGCUCAAUUUAUAAAGCAUAUUGAAGUAA